AGGUGGGAUUGUCGUGGACAGUUCCAACUGAUUCCUAUUCGAAUACAACCACCACCCGUUGUUGUCGGUCUUGUUGCUUUUCGCGGCUUGUUCUCCAAAUGUCUGCCGACAAUAAUAUUUUAAAUAAUUAAAAUUAAAUAUUUAACUCGUUAAUUUAACAUUCCAGUAAAUACUUACAAUUAAUUAAUAAAACCUAAUUAUAUAAAAGUGUAUAAGUAAAAAAUAAUAAAAUAAUAAUGGCUCAAGAAGAAUCAGUAGGAAUCGGUGAUUUUGUUCUCCUGGACGAAAUAACUGUCUCCAAAGUAGUUGAUAACCUUCGCAUCAGAUUCAAUGGAGGUAAAUAUUAUACAUACAUUGGAGAAGUUUGCGUAAGCGUUAAUCCAUACAGAAGCUCCAAUAUUUAUGGAGGGGAUCAAAUAAAUAAAUAUAAAAAUAGAGAAUUAUUUGAAAAUCCGCCUCAUAUAUUUGCAAUUGCUGAUGCCGUGCAUCGCGAAAUGAAACAGCAGGGUCGCGAUACGUGUAUUGUCAUAAGUGGAGAGUCUGGGUCUGGUAAAACGGAAGCGAGUAAAAUAAUAAUGAAAUAUAUCGCUGCUAUAACUAAUUUAUCUGGUCAACAUGAAAUCGAAAGAGUUAAAAAUAUUUUAAUUCAAUCAAAUUCAAUUCUCGAAGCAUUUGGCAAUGCGACGACUAACAGAAAUGACAAUUCAUCGCGGUUUGGUAAAUAUAUGGACAUAAAUUUUGACUUCAAAGGCGAUCCGUUGGGCGGACACGUAACAAAUUAUCUGUUGGAAAAAUCACGGGUCGUUUAUCAGCAGAAAGGUGAACGCAACUUUCAUUGUUUUUACCAGUUACUAAAUGGAUGCAGUGAAAAUGAAUUAAAUAAAUUAGGUUUAAUUGCUGAUGCUGGUAGAUAUUAUUACACUAGCCAUGGUAAAGAUAGCAAAACAAAUGUCAGCGAUAGAAGUGAAUACAAAGCUGUGAUUUCAGCAAUGAAUACUCUAGGAUUUAAUUUAAGUGAAAUAGAAACAAUCUGGAGUAUUAUUGCUGGUAUUUUACAUCUUGGAAAUAUAACAUUUACACUAGAGGAUGAUAAAUUAGUAAUCGGUAAUAAAGGAGCGUUAAAUGAAUCUGCUAAACGAUUAUCCAUAAGCCCGAAUGAUUUAAAUACGGCCUUGUCUCAGCGAGUUAUUGCAGCUGGAGGUGAAGUAAUGCAGAAGAAUCACACCCUCGUAGAAGCUGAGUACGGACGAGAUGCGCUUGCUAAAGCUAUUUAUGAACGUCUAUUUUCAUGGAUCGUGUCGCGGAUAAACGGAUCCAUAAACGUUGACGAUAAAAAUUCAUACAAAAGUUACAAGGGAACUCUUAUCGGUGUCCUAGAUAUUUAUGGAUUUGAAAUAUUUAACACCAACAGCUUCGAGCAGUUUUGCAUUAAUUAUUGCAAUGAAAAAUUGCAACAGUUGUUCAUUGAGCUUGUACUAAAACGCGAGCAAGAAGAGUACCAGCGGGAAGGCAUCACGUGGCAGGCGGUCGAGUACUUUAAUAAUCAGAUUAUUUGCGAGCUUGUUGAGCAAUCGCACAAAGGGAUGAUUGCCAUCAUGGAUGAAGCUUGUCUGAAUGUCGGAAAAGUUACUGAUGAGUUGUUACUCGAAGCGAUGGAUAAACGACUAGCUAAUCACAAGCACUUUACAUCACGGCAAUUAAAUCCGAUGGAUAAAGAACUACAGCAUAAAACCCAAUUUAGAAUAAAACAUUACGCUGGUGAUGUUGUUUACAAUGUUCACGGUUUCUUGGAUAAAAAUAAAGACACUUUGUUCCAGGAUUUUAAAAGACUACUCUAUAAUAGCGGCAAUAAGAUAGUGAGUUCCAUGUGGCCGGAAGGAGCUGAAAAUAUUGCGAAAACAACAAAAAGACCAUUGACUGCUGGUACAUUAUUCAAAAAUUCAAUAGUAUCUCUUGUAAAAAAUCUAACCAGCAAGGAACCUUUUUAUGUACGAUGUAUAAAACCCAAUGAAGUUAAAUCCCCGGUGGUGUUUGACGAGGAGAGAGUUGAACAUCAAGUAAGAUAUCUAGGAUUACUAGAAAACAUUUUGGUCCGCAGAGCGGGAUUUGUUUACCGUCAGCGUUACGACAGGUUUUUGAAACGAUACAAAAUGAUAUCUCAAUACACGUGGCCGAACUUCCGCGGUGGUAAUGACAAAGAUGCGGUGCGUACUCUGAUGGAAGAGAAAGGUUUCGCACAUGAUGUUAAGUAUGGGCACACUAAAAUAUUUAUUCGUUCGCCUCGAACGCUGUUUGCGUUAGAGAAAGCCCGCAGUGAUUUGAUACCUGGUAUCGUUGUUCUCUUGCAAAAGCAAUGGCGUGGUUAUCUCUGUCGUAUGAAAUACAAAAAAAUGAAAGCUGUACUUGUGAUUGCCAAACACUAUCGACGUUACAAACAACGUUCGUAUAUUUGUGAGCUACAAAAAACAUUUAAAACAGCCAAGACAAUGCGUAAUUAUGGUAAAUUGUUACCGUGGCCUCAUGAAAAUUAUGCAAUAAGACCAGUUAUUCCUGCUCUGAAGAUGAUGUACGCACGUUGGCGUGCUUGGAUGAUCCUACGAGUAAUCCCACGUGAAGAUUGGCCGCAAUUACGGCUAAAAAUGGCUGCUGGUGCUGCACUCAGACCAAAAAGACAGUACUGGGGUCAGGAGAGACGAUGGGAAGGAAAUUAUCUUGCUAAACCUGAUGAAAAUUCACAGUACAAUGUCUUUAAUUCGUCCAUUAAUAAUUUAAAAAAUACUGAUCACUUUAAGACUGUUUUAUUCAGUGCCUUUAUCAGAAAAACAAACAAAUUUGACAAACAAGCCGAUCGUGUUCUCGUUGUCACUGAACACUCUAUAUACAAAUUAGAGAGUUCAAAGUUCAAGUCGAUGAAAAAAGGAAUUCCUAUUGCUGAAAUAACAGGUCUCAGUGUCUCGCCAGGAAGAGACCAACUCAUUACCAUCCAUUCCAAUAAGGGCAAUGACUUUAUUUUCGCCAUCACCGCUAAAGAAAAUCGUGUUGGAGAACUUGUUGGUGUUUUGUGCACCAGAUACUAUCAAUUGAGAGGUAACGAUCUGCAAGUGACUGUCGACGCAAGAUUCAAAUGUAUGGUGGGUAAUAAAAGUAAAAUGUUACGUAUUGAAGUGAGACCAGAAACGGCGACACCAAGUUUUAUAAAAGAAGGCGAUCAGAUUGUUUACGCAGUCCCUCCAUCAGUGGAUAUCAUCGACAAUGGUAUCAAUCGAUAA